CCUUUAAUUUUUGGCGCCCAUUCUGCCCAACGAUGAACAGCCAUCCACGAGAACUGGAGACGCUCUUCUCUAUUUUACACCAGAUCGAGGAGCAGAAGAACAAAAGCAGUGCCGCCUCGGCAAAUGAGCUACGCAAUUUAAACUUCCAACUUUACUCUGCAACGUUCCGAUCAAACGAUGAACGCUUAUCGGCCUGUGUGCUGGAGGAAGGAUUGCAGAAAUAUCAGGAUCUCAUGAUCAAUCCCGAAGGCGUUAACAAUUACUGCGAUGAUGUGAUUGAGCUGCUCAACAAACAGCCUUCGGAAAUCGUGGAUGAUGAUUCCGACCUUACCAUUACGGCACUGGGCGAUCCUCUCAGCUACGUACGCAAGCCCAGUUGCCACGGCCGGUACGAGAACUGUCGGUUUGACGAGAUUUCCUCGGCUACUUUGUCGCACAUCAUCGCGACUCCGAGCACAGGACCACCGAAACUCGCCCCGGUGUCACGGGACGCACCGAAGAAUCGAGACGAGACGGUUCCACAAAAGCAUAGCAACGAUACCGCCACUGGACCUUCGAUGCCACCAGUUGGUAAACCUCAAGUUUCCAUUGAAGACAUAUCAAGGCGUGUAUUUGGCGGAACCAGCAGCAGCACCAGCAACUCUGUGUUUACACCGAAAGUUCCCGUAUCGAAGCCGGAAUCGAAACUCGCAGCCAACGCCGUGGUCCCACCGGAACCAUCGAUAGGGAAAACCGGAGGUGGAGAGAGUGGUUUCCGCACGGCUAAGGAUGAGCUUCAGAUUCAAAACGUGAAGAAAUAUGGCACGGCGAAUCCUCCCAGUAAGGCUCCUCUCUUCUCGUACGGUCGGAAAACACUCGGAGGACGGCGUACACUGGGCAGUAAGUUCGUUUGUCCCGUGCGCCCCGACAAUGACAAUGGUGAAGCGAGCGGUCAACGGCAACCGGGGGCACCGGAUGGGAGAUCUGCACGGUCCUGUAACGAUCAAUCGUCCAGUGGAGAAAGCCAAGAAGAGGAAAUUGUUGACGAACGAUUGAAAAACAUCGACCCGAAGAUGGUGGAACUGAUUCGCAGCGAAAUUAUGGACCGUUUCCAGCCACUCUCCUGGGACGACAUUGCCGGGCUCGAGUACGCCAAAACCAUCAUCAAGGAAGCGGUUGUGUGGCCCAUUCUGCGGCCAGACAUUUUCACCGGCCUGCGGAAACCACCACGUGGUAUCCUGCUGUUCGGGCCACCGGGAACGGGCAAAACGUUGAUUGGCAAGUGCAUUGCUUCUCAGUCGAAAUCGACCUUCUUCAGCAUCAGUGCCUCCUCGUUGACAUCGAAAUGGAUCGGCGAUGGGGAAAAGAUGGUCCGGGCACUGUUUGCGGUGGCCGCCGUGCAUCAGCCAGCGGUCGUGUUUAUCGACGAGAUUGAUUCGCUGCUUUGCCAGCGCUCCGAUACCGAACACGAAAGCUCACGCCGUCUGAAAACGGAGUUCUUGGUGCAGCUGGAUGGAGCUGCGACGGCCGAGGACGAGCGAAUUCUUAUCGUCGGUGCUACGAACCGGCCGCAAGAGUUGGACGAAGCAGCUCGGCGCCGUUUGGUGAAACGAUUGUACAUUCCACUGCCUGAUCUGGCGGCCAGGAUUCAAAUACUGACCCGGCUACUGCAACAGGAACGCAACUGUUUGACGGUCGACGAGAUUGAACGAGUUGGCACCUUAACGGAGGGCUUUUCCGGAGCGGACAUGAAGGUGUUGUGUCACGAAGCCUCGAUGGGACCGAUUCGCUCGAUACCGUUCGAACAGCUGGGUGACAUCGCCAAGGACCAGGUGCGACCGAUCUGCCACGAUGACUUUCAGCUUGCCUUGGCGAAGGUGAAAGCGAGUGUAUCGCCGGCUGAUUUGAAUCAGUACGUCGUUUGGGAUCGAACCUACGGUGCUGGGGCAUCGUGAAACAUUCCCGACGAGAGUUGUGUAUAGAAUAAAUCGAAACCGGCCAG